UCUCGGUCUUGCUUCUGCAUUCUGCCUUCCGCACCGCACGGCCGCGCCCCUGCCACCGCGGCUGGUGCACAACACCCGGUCCACCUCCACCCAACUGCACCGAGGCGAGGCGAGGACACGGAAGGCAAAAUCCCCACUCCUUCACGAGACGGGAGGAUCGAGAGUAAGAGAUAGCCGGGGCGAGGUGAGGCCAGCCAUGGCGGUGCCCUUCGUCUACCGCAGCUCCUCCAUCGACGGCAGCAGGUGAAGGAAGCUCCAUGGAAUUGAUGCAGCACAGAGGAUCUGACUUCCGGCCUUGUACACCAACUAUUCAUCUUAUUCAUGUGAUGCCAUCUAUCUGAAGUAAAAGGAAGAGUCAACACAGCAAGAUGGCUGAACAAUCGUCAUCGUCUUCAUUGUCCUCUAAGAAGCGACCACACUCUCCUAGUGAUAAUGAUGAACAUCCACUAGACAGAGACCAAAUCUGCACAAGCCUUGUAUCUAACAGUUUUGAUGAUGCAGAGGACAAUCUUACAUUCAAUGAUACCAUGAUAGCUCUUCAAUUGAUGCGCACACAGUUUCCAAAGCUAGAGAAGGUUGUGACGCAACCAUUCAUUUUACAGUCACAACUCUAUAGUAGCGUGAAGGACAGAACACAAGUUGAUAGAGACUUGGAGUCACUGAAGAAAGACAAAGUGUUACGUGUAUUCAAACUUAGCUCUGGGCAGGAUGAUCAUGCAAUCAUGUUCAUGGAUGAUUAUUUGAAACAGGUUGCAUUUGCUGUUAAGCGGUCAGGAUGUAAAGACCAAAAUGGCAGUGAAGUGUUUGAGUGGUUUGAGAAAUAUGUUGCCCAUUCGAAACUGGAUGUUAGCAUAGAUCAAUUAGAGCUGUGUUCACUGUUAUCACAUGGUGGUGACGUAACAGACAAACAUAUCACAUUAUUGAUGAAUGCUGGUCUCCUAACUCGCCAACUUAUUGAUCCAAACAUUUACUGGUUUGCUAUUCCACGCAUUGGUUCUAUCUUGAAAGGCCUAUCCCAGGGAAGGAAGGAAAUUCUUUCAUUAUUGAACCGUAGGAAAUACAAGGAGAUGCCGCUCUCUUCACUGGAGAAGACAAAACUAAGACUAUCACCUCUUGAUACGCGGUUCCUCCUUCGCGAUCUGAUUGGAUCUGGUCACAUAAAAACAGUUAAAAUGCCAACUGGUUUACUUGCUCGCAUAUCAAGAGAUUGAUAUACCUGCCUUUUUUAGUUCUGUGUAUACCUGAUAAUGUUCUACUUUUGUGUUUCUGAUUUUGUUUUGCACUCUACCUUUUCUUCAGCUUCUUUUGAAAAAAACAACACAAUUGUGCUACUUAUAGGAGGAAGGUACUAAGGAUUCAGGAAAGCUUUAGCAAAAUAAACACAACUUAGAUAGUUCUGUAUCACAUAGACACAUAAGAGAAUCCAUUGGUGAGGUUUUGCAGCGCUCUCUCUAAUUUAUUUGCAUGGAGGCUUAAAGACAAUAUGGGUUAACACCAUUGUAUAUGUCCUUAGGUCAUACUUUUGUAUGGUUCAGGCAAUUCCAUAAAUUAGUGAAAAAGGAUUUUCGAGGAA